AUGUCUCCUCGAGUGAAUUUGAUUCUGUCCUUGGUGGUAACACUUUUGGUGAUCGUCGACGGCACUGUCGGUCACGGCCACGGCCGUGGUCACGGUCAUGGAGGCCACGGAGGCCGUCAUCACCAUAGACAUGGGCACCAUAGACACGGGCACCAUCAUCACAAUCCCGUCGUAAUUUCGCUUGCCAUCUACGAGCCAAAGGGAAUCGAAGUAAACGUCAGGAGACUGAACGAAUCGGUCGAAUACUUUGCGGUGGACUUGGCCAUCAACCCGGAUGGCAGCGGAACUCCCGACGCUUCGAUGAACACGUCCGAGGUGGUGUACGGCAAGUUCAUCCUGACGAACACCGACGUGGUCAUCAGGCCGGGUGAUUUCUUGAACGUCUCCUGGACCAUGGGAUAUUCGAAUGGGAAUGUCACCCAAGGUGAACAGAUGCUGCGGGUUUAUUCAAGCAUGAUCCGGCGGAACUGUUCAUGUGAAAGUACAAACCCGUCCGAGGUUCCCUCCAAAGGUGGCCCCCGGGUAAGCACAACUCCGGCACCGAUUUCUUCGAUUCCACCCUGGACUCGUACAACGACCACCGAAGUCCCCCGGUAUACGACGCGUCCUACCAUUCGGUCGGAACAAUCAACUUCUCCCUCUUACACCGAAUUCGAGGGCGACAGUGCCGACCUAAGCUACACCGAUGAAAUGGACCACUUCGACUGUGAGAUCGACCCGAGCACAAACCUCUGCCGGUCGAGCUAUUUCGAUGUCAGGUUAAAUGCAGACAGGGUUGAUACACAACCAUCGAAACUCAUCGCCAAAUCCAGCCACGAGGACGAUGUGCGAAACCUGAAAGGAAUCAUCGACACGCUGCUGAAGGAACCGUGUCUAAGGGUACCGAGAAGUAACUGGCUGACGCUGUCCGUCUCUUCGUACUCCGGUGACAGCAGUGCCGAUCCGUUGAGUUAUGUGCGCCGUAGCCUUGGAAAGCAGCCGAAGUUGAAGGCCCUGGUCAAUAGUGCGACGCGAAGCGCACGGCUCGACAAUGGAAAGAUCCGUUUUGAAAUGGCAACUCAGCUGGACAAGCAGAUGAUGCUGUAUCUCUCCAAGGAGGUUGGCCUGAGUUCGGUCAAAGACUACGACCAUCGCGCAUAAGUUGUAGUGUAGCUGUAAAAGGAAGUGUUUUUGAAUAUUUUGUAUGCGAAUACAAAAUGUUUCCUUGCUCCUUGCCUUUUUCGUAAUAUUUGUGAGCUAAGACACAUGUAUGAGUCUACCGGAUUACAAGAAGAAUACACAUACCGCUAUUUUCGAAAAUAAAAUGUAAUCACUCU